AUGAGCGCCACCACAACUCCCUGGGGGCCUACACGAGAUCCCCCUCCCCUUCCUCUCCUGUUGGUUUUCCCGGCCACACUCAUGCGUUCGCUCACUUCUGCCCCCCGGAGGUGCAGCGCUCAGUGGAGUGAGAGGAGUCAGACGGCCGCCCUGACUGCUCCAAUUAAAUGGUUACAGGUGGAGGAGCCUGAAAGUGCUGCCUGCAUGUGA